UUCCACCAUAGGGCUUAAAGCUGCAUUUAGUUCCUGUGGUCGUAUCGCCAUUCUGCCUUGACAACGUCUGGGGUUCGAAUCUCAUUUUCUGCAUUUUUUCCCUUCUUCUUCUUCUUCACGAUCAUCUUCUGCAAUUCUUCUUUAGAUCCGUUAAUUCUCACCCGUAUUUUGCCCAAUUUAUCUACAAGUCCUUCAAUUUCUAUAUAAAAUACCAUGGAUCCAGAUUUACCUCUUUCUUCUUCAAGCACUAGAAAGGUGAAAUUUGCUCCCAAAGGACCUCCCCGUCGGAAGAAGCAGAAUCCUGCACAACCUAAAAAUGAAGCAGAUGGAAAUGAGGAUAGGGAUGAUAAUGAAGCUGCUGAAGCUAUUCUGCGCAAAGUCAAUGAGCGCUUGACUAGACAGAAACCUAAAACAGAGAAAAAAGCUGCAGUUGAGGUUGCGUUUACUCAUGGAGUAGCAUCACCAACUUCCACAAAGACUUUUGGAAAGUCUAGGGAACUCACUGUCAAUCAGGAUAGUACUCUGAAGGACAAUGAAUCUUGUGAUAACAUGGACAUUGAUUCUUUACCUACUUUACCUUCUAGUACUGGACCAGAUCUUGCUGAAAUGUCGGUCAAUAAUUCAGAUUCUUUACUUAAAAGGAAGAAAGAGUAUAAAGAACCUUGGGAUUACCAUCAUAGCAACUAUCCUGUAACUCUUCCUCUGAGAAGACCAUAUGCUGGAGAUCCAGAAAUUUUAAAUGAAGCUGAAUUUGGAGAGGCUGCAAAAAAUGCUGUGUAUGAUGAAAAUAAUAUAAAUCCUGCUUCAGAGCUUGGCUUACUGGAAAAGAAGGAUGAUGUGCAGCUUCUUUUUCUUCAGCUUCCUGCUAAUUUACCCCUAAGCAAGCUGCAAGCUAGCACAGGAGGUAGAGAUACUGCUGUCUGCUUGACGUUGCCAGGGGAUAAAAGUGAUAAAGCUGCAACAUUGUCAUCACCUAUGCUUAAGGGAAAAGAAGUUGCUGGCAGUGCUCUUGCCGGUGCAAAAGGGAAAGAGAUAGCUGACAGCCCUACAAUCUCCAGACGACAUAAUAAUACUACAAACAAAGCGUGCAGUUUGCAAGAGUUGCCUGCGGGAAGCAUGGGGAAAAUGCUGGUUUACAAGAGUGGAGCAAUUAAAUUGAAGCUUGGAGACAUUCUAUAUGAUGUUUCUCCUGGUGUGGAAUGCUCUUUUUCUCAAGAUGUUGUUGCAAUCAACACUGCUGAGAAGCAGUGUUGUCAACUGGGAGAACUCGGAAAACGGGCUGUUGUCACUCCUGAUGUUGAUUUCCUCCUGAACAAUCUGAUGUAGUUGAGCUAAGGUCACUUUAAUUUGUCAAUUUAGAGCAGGGUUUCUGUUGUUAGGGAAACAUUUACUUCAAUUUCUAGAUUUAGAAGAUCUUCUGAUUUCCUGUAUGGAAGAUUUGUCUUUAAUAUCUUGUGCAUAUCUAAGAACCUUGUGUUGCUCAAUAGAUUUCCUUAAAGUC